CUCCCCUCCCCCUUGGCCGUCUCUCGCUUUCCCCUGUCCAUCGAUUUCUAGGAGUCCCGUUAUCGGCGACUUCGUUGUACAGCGAUGAUGAUGGCGCAGCCAUUUCCUGCCCAUCAGGGGAUCCCGCAGCAUCCCGGUAUCCCCCCGGGUCACCCAUUGGCCCCUGGCCAGCACCCAAAUGCUCAUCCCGGUGCCGGAAUGGUACAGCAAGUACAUCCCGGAGUAUCAGCUCCGGGAGGUCCUCAGGUCACUCAGGGCGGACCAAUGAUGGGUGGGAUGCCACCAGGCGCUGGAACGACCGCUCCUGGCGGUCCUGUACAAGCUCAUGCUCUCUCUCAUCUGAAUCCAGCGCAGGCGCACCUGUUCCAGCAACCACACUUUGCGCAACAGUUUGCCAAUAACCCUCAACUCAUGCAUCAACAGCAGCAGCAACAACUCUUGAGACAGCGGAUGCUCUUUCAGCAACAACAGCAACAACAACAGCAACAGCAUGGUGGGCUUCCCGUAUCAAUGCCGAAUGGUACGCAGGCAUUGAAUGCCGCUCAGCUGGCAGCCAUGCAGAAUCCUGGGAUGCGUCCGGUCAUCUCCCAAAUGCAACUGCAGCAGAUGCCUCAUGGACAGCCGCAGAAUAUACAACAACAGCAGCAUUUCCUGGCUAUGCAAGCUCAACAAGCUCAACAAGCUCAACAGGCCCAACAGGCCCAGCAAGCUCAACAAGCACAUCAGGCCCAGCAAGUGCAACAGCAGACGCCGCAACCAGGCCAGCAGACUCCACAGCAGCGUCCUGCUCCUCAACCUCAAAAUGUACAUGAUGCCCAAAGUGUCACCCCUCAGCCGCAGCCGAUGCCGCCGCCGCAUCAGGGAAGUGCCACCCGCAACCCACCCCUCAACAACACCCACCUGCGUCUCAG